AGAAUGUUCGAUUAUUUCAUCAUGCCAUUGGUAUGAAGCCAAUUGCAAAUAUAUAAAAUGUAAAAUAUACGCAAAUUAGUUAAAAUUUAUACAAUACACAAAACACGGCUGUACGCAACGCCAAAAUGACUUCGCGCAACCUAACGGAGGUGUUUGUUAUCAUGCGCAAUAAUGCCAGCAAGAAUCGUAAUCAUUAUGACGAUCGGCGUGGCAGCGAUUCGGAGCGUUUGCUCAAGCACACAGUACGCGAGGCCGAGGAGGGCCUAGAGAUGCAGGAUGAUUACGGCACGCCGCCCGUUUGGCUGGAUAAAUUCGAGGAGGCGCAAUACACCAUGUCCAAAAUCAAGCCCAAAUUGGAUGAGCUGGGCUCGCUGCAUGCGCGCCACCUGCUGCGACCCACCUUCGAUGACCAAAGAGACGAUGAGUGCGAAAUUGAGGUGCUGAGCCAGAUUGUGGCCAAGCUGAUCGCCAGCACCCAUCGCCAUAUACAGUGCGUACGCUCGAGCCUGGGCGUGGGCAGCAAAGUCGAACAGCGACUGACAGCCAAUGCGGUGCACUGUGCCCUGCUUCAGCUGCAGGAUCUGACUGUCAAGUUUCGGAGCAGCCAAAAUGCGUACCUGCUGCAGUUAAACUCACGCGAGGAGCGCUCCCAAAAGUACUUUGACAACAACGAGUUUACCAAUGUCGAACUGGGCAACUUUGCCAACGGAAACGAACCCAACGACGAGCCAGCAAAUUUUGUGGACACCUUUGAUAAUUUCCUGCAGCCUCUGGAUGGCUUGGGCACAACAGGUGCUGGCAGCCUGGGCAAAAGCAAUGCGAAUACGUAUCUCUUUGAGGAUGAUGAGCAGGAGAUCGAUGAUCAUUUCAAGAAGCCGGUGGCAAAUCGGAUGACACAACAACAGCUGCUGCUGUUCGAGGAGGAGAACUCACGUCUCGCUGAGCAUCGCGAACGCGAGGUGACCAAAAUCGUCAAAUCCAUAUACGAUCUCAACGAUAUCUUCAAAGAUCUGGGCCAUAUGGUGCAGGAACAGGGCACCGUACUGGAUCGCAUCGAUUACAACGUCGAACAGACACAGACACGCGUCUCCGAGGGCCUGCGCCAGCUGCAGCGUGCGGAAAUGUAUCAGCGCAAGAAUCGCAAAAUGUGCAUCAUUCUCGUGCUGGCGGCAGUCACCUUCCUGAUGCUGCUGCUCCUGAUCCUAACCAAGCUGUAGGACAGCUGUCAUCAAUUCGCUGCACAUACUAACUAAAUUGUAAAUAACGCCUCUCUAUGUGAUUCUCAUCAAUGCGCGGGUAAGUUUGAUGAGUUUUCAUGCAUUCAUUAUUA